GGGCCAUUUCACCUCCUGCCACGCUCUGUCAGUGCAGGAGAGUUCGGGCUCGUCUAACCAGUCGCCAUGUGGAUCUCGUUGGUGCUGUUCGUCUGUGUGCUCUUCGUGGCCCUGCAGUUCGUCAGGAAGAGGCCCAAAAACUUCCCACCCGGACCAGCUCCUCUGCCUUUGUUUGGCAACAUCCUGAACCUGAACCUGGAGAACCCCCUGAACGACUUCCAAAAGCUGCGGGAAAAGUAUGGAGACGUCUACACCAUCUACGUUGGCUCCACUCCAAUGCUCAUCGUCAACGGGAUGCAGGCUGUCAAAGAGGCUCUGGUCACCAAGGGCACGGACUACGCUGGACGACCUCAGGACCUUUAUUCCAAUGACGUCACGGGAAACCAAGGAGUGAUUCUGGCUGAUUAUGGAUCCCGCUGGAAGGAACUUCGUCGCUUUGCUUUGAUGACUCUGAGGAAUUUUGGAAUGGGGAAACAGUCGAUGGAGGAGAGGAUUCUGGGAGAGAUCCAGUACAUUGUUCGCGAGCUGGAGGCCAGCGUGGGCAAAACCACGAGUCCUCAGGUCAUGUUCCACAACGCCGCGUCCAACAUCAUCUGCCAGGUUCUGUUCGGCCGGCGCUACAACUACGACCACUACAACAUCAGAACCAUCAUCCGCUGCUUCACUGAGAACGCCAAGUUGGCCAGUUCCCCCUGGUCCGUGUUGUACGACAGUUUUCCCAUAAUUCGAGGCUUGCCGCUGCCAUUUGCCAAAGCCUUCAAGAAUGUUGCAACAUGUAACAAGAUCACCAACGAUGUGGUGGCGGAGCUGAAGAAGACCAGAGUGCCUGGAAAUCCGCAACAUUUUGUCGACUGCUACCUGGAUGAAAUGGACAAAAGAGAAGCAGAAACAGAAGCCUUUUCAGAGAAGCAGAUGGUCAUGUACUGUUUGGAUCUUUACUUCGCCGGGACCGACACCACAUCCAACACUCUGCUGACUGGCUUCCUCUACCUGAGCACCCACCCUCAUAUUCAAGAGCGCUGUCAGAAGGAGAUCGACGAGGCGCUGGCUGGGAAGGACGAGCCGACGUUUGACGACAGACACAACAUGCCCUACGUGCAGGCCGUGAUCCAUGAAGUCCAGAGGAUCGCCAACACGGUCCCCCUGAGUGUCACGCACUGUGCCAUCAAAGACACCCAGCUGUGCGGAUACUCCAUCCCCAAGUUGCCAGGGUCUUUGCCUUCCUGCCCAGGGUCGGAUGAAGUCGCGAUGACUCUGCAGAUACUUGAUUGGGCGUAUACAAGAUAUGGUUUGCCACUAGUCUCUCACCAGCAGUGUCCCACUCGCGCACGUUUUCCCGUCCGAUACGUGUCACUUCCUCAGGUGCUAAUGUUUAUGUGGAUGCAAACACGCCACACCUCUGAAAUGAGGCACAGCUGCUUUGACUUGAUGGACACCUAAAGCUUGUGUGAAGGUCGAGGGUCACGCUCACAUGCAAAGUGAUUCGCAGUAAAAGCACAGUGCAGAAGAAGACGUUGGCGUGGCAUGAAGAAGCUCUUGAGAGCAGAAGCUAACAUAGGAAACGUUGCAGUUGUCUACAGCUCGUAACUACUAGUACAUUUUCCAGAGAAAUGCCUGCUUUCUUCAGUCAUUUUUACAUUGUGAUGUGAAAAUUGCUCAAUGCUCAUCAGGUAUGAGUAUAAAUAGCAUCAUUUUUUUUUUUUGGAAUGCCAUAUCAGCGGCGAUAUCUCUAAUAGCUCUGUCCAUGUUGCACGCCGUGUCUAUGGCCAUCCUCUUGACGGCUCCACGAUUGUUUGCACACCUGGGUGACGUCCGUACUCACAGGGAUACAGUUCCAGCGUGGCCCUCUGAACGACCUUUGGAUGGGCGAUGACUAAGGGCGUGUUCGGGAUGUGGACACGGGAAUGUUUCGACUCGCUGUCACACGUUCGUCAUGUCCAGAGCCUUUCUGUAAGGUGCUCCUUGCUGCGCAGCGCGCGUUUCAACCAGUAGAAGAAAACAUAAAACGGAGGAAGGCACAUUUCCCCAGGAGCCAAAUUCAAGCCGCUGAUUGGGGAUGAUGAUGGGUUUUGGGGUUGGGUUCCUGGAAAGUCAGAUCUGGACAUGACACAGAGAAACUCCUGCGAUGCAGAGAACAGAAGUGGCCACUUUGACAAUGACCAUUUGUCAUGACCAUGCACUUAUUUAGAGAAUUUUAGUGUAAAAAAAAAAAAAAAAGUUUCAUGAACAGAAUGACAGCAGUGCUUCCACCCACUGCUCAUAUGGGUAAUAAUAGUGACAGCGGCUGUCAGGCCUG